UUUUCUAUUUGAAUUCUUACACAAUUUUCGUCGGUGUAAAAGUUGGUCUAGCCGUGACAAAUGAACUUAGUUUGGUAGUUAGAUAAAACUUUGUUUCUUUUGUUAAAUGACAAGUAAAAUCAAGUUUAGAAAAUUGUUGAUUAAGGAAAACAAAUUCACGAGUAAAGUAAACAGGCAGGUGUUAAUUAGUCACAUUGUAUCCAGUCGUAAAUUUACUUCCUUACUGGUGAUAUUGCUCCUCCACAUAAAUGUAGUAGUCAAACUUUAUGUUUUGGUAAAUAAAACUCAUUAAAAAAAUUAUUAGUAAUUAAUGACAGCAAAUUCGUUAAUAAGAUGAAACAGUUGGCGUUUGAUAUUCAGUCCACGUUUGAUCGAAUCUAGUUAAAUGUAUUUCCAUUAGUGGUGAUGAUGGUCCACUUAAUCGUCGACUCUACUCCAGCACAUAACUUCUUUAAAAAAUAAAAAAAAUUAAAGUUUUACACAAAACCUCUCCAUAAAUAUAACUCAUCUAGGCGUGUGUCCUCCACACUUCAUCAAACAUUCUCUAUCUUCUCAUUUCAACCUACAAAAGAAAAUAAAAACCAAAUCAAAAGAUUUAACUAUGGAGUCCCAUAACGUGAACAACAGCUUGAACAUAGACAUGGAGAAAGAUCAAGAAAAGGCUUUCGAUUACUCCAAACGAGCUCAAUGGCUACGAGCUGCCGUGCUUGGUGCCAACGACGGUCUUGUCACGACGGCUUCGCUUAUGAUGGGUGUCGGUGCGAUUAAGCCAGACGUCAAAACCAUGGUUCUAACCGGUUUCGCGGGUUUAGUUGCCGGAGCUUGUAGCAUGGCGAUCGGAGAGUUUGUCUCGGUUUACUCUCAGUACGACAUAGAGGUGGCUCAGAUGAAGAGAGAUAACGGAGGAGUGAUAGACAAAGAGAAGCUUCCGAGCCCUAUAAAAGCGGCUACUGCGUCUGCGUUAGCGUUUUCUAUAGGAGCGAUUGUGCCUUUAUUGGCGGCUGCGUUUGUGAAAACGUAUAAAGUGAGGAUUGGAGUGAUUGUGGCGGCGGUGACGUUGGCUUUGGUUAUGUUUGGGUGGUUAGGAGCGGUUUUGGGGAAAGCACCGGUGGUUAAGUCGUCGGCUAGGGUUCUGAUUGGAGGAUGGUUAGCUAUGGCGGUUACGUAUGGCUUGACCAAACUGGUUGGAUCACAUGGUAUGUCAUAGUUUGUGUGUGUUUUACAUACGUGACCCAACACUUCUUCGUGUUUCAUGCAACACAAUUUAAGCGGUUACGUUUUUUUUUUUUUGCUUUGUCGUAUAAGAAACUUUGGAAUAUAUAUCUCAUAUGAGAAGAAACUUUGGAAUGUAUGGAUUCGUGACUUGGUUUUUAGAUUUAUGUAAACAAAUGUGUGAUAUAAACCUGUCAAAUGGCGUGUGAUAAAUCAAUACUAUUAAAUUAGGAACAUGUCCUAUUGAUAAUAGUUGAGUCCAACUUAAAAUAUAACUGCAUUUAAAAUUAAUAUUACAUGUUUAAAUAUUAAAACUACCUUAAUCUACAUAUUACGAAAUGGUUAUUAAACUAACUUCCCCUUUAAUUCAUAUAUUCUCUUGACCAUCACUCUUAUCAAUACUAACUAAUUAAAAUCCAUGGUUACAUUCCAGGUUUGUAUAUUUGAUGAACAUACCAAAGUAUCACUCGGUUGAAUCUGUAAUCAUUUCUAGGUUCUGUAACUAAUUAAAAAAAUAGUUAAUUGUCUCAAAAUCACUCUCCAAUUAACCUAUAUAGAAUAUUCAAAAUUUUAAAAGUCACGUCUAACGUAUUCUAAAACAAGAUUUAGAAUUCACGGUUACAUAAUAUAUUUGAGCGGGUGGAAGAAUAUGACCAUAAGAUUAAUAUAUGUGUGUGUGUUCAGAAUUCAGAUGCUCACUUGAUUCGGUGUAAUGUUGAGGCCUGAAAAACUGGACAACAAAACCAUAAUUGUAAUAUUUAUAACACUUUUGAAAAAUACGAUAUUUUUCAAAUGAAAUACUUCUACAUAAAAAAAAAAGUUUAUUGCCAAAGUGUACUAUUUUGUACUUGAUAAAUUUCUCUAUAUAUUACUAUUUCAAGUGUUCAUUAAUAUCUUAAAAUUAUCAAAAAAUAACUUUUAAAUCUAAAAUAAAAAAUAUAAUCUUAUAAUAGGUUAUUAAUAUUUCAUAUCAAUUAAUUAAUUUUUAUAUAUUACCAUUUUCUCUUUUUUGAAUGACAUCAUAACAAUUUCAUCAAAAUCUACGGAAUCACAAAUUUAUUCAAUUUUAUGUAAUUUACCGAAGGCCAUAUUAACCCAUAUAUAUAUACCCAUAUAUAUAUAUAUAUUUAACAGAAUCACUCGAGUAUAUGGGUCAGAUCUAAAGAGUAUGAGACUUUGAUUUUUGGGUUGAUUCCGAAUUGGAUUUUUUGAGUACGAAUAUUUUUGACGAAUUAUGUUAGGUAACUACUAAGAAAAUAUAAUAUGUUGCAAACUUUAAGAAUAAAGUUUAAAAAUAAUUUCUGAAAUGCAUAUGGCACAAGUGUACUGUUAUCCAAUUAUUGACAUAUUUAAUAUAAUUACUAAAAAUUAUAUUAAUAUGUAAAACAAAAUAUACCCGCCCUUUUAAGGACAGGUCAGAAUCUAGUUUUACGUUGAGACUUAAACACUUGCAGCUCUAGUUAUCAACACACGAAAAAAUUUCCGUAAUACUUUCUUCCAUCCCGUUUGGUUUUAUUCAAAAAAUUUGGUUAAGCGUAAGUUUAUGGAUCAAAGCAGAAAUAAUAUUAAUUUAUAUACACUAAGAUGCAAGCGGAAUCAUACACGAGUAAAAUUUUGAAUCUAUCCCUAUACAUUAUCUAAGAAGUGAUUUGUUUAUGUUUCAUCAUGAUAUUCAUUUUCACAAAAUAAAGAUAACAUGAUUUCGAAAAAGAUGACAUGACAUUAUACUAAUUGUGACAUGAACAAUUUUAUUUAUAUAAAUUCAUGUUUUUGGUAAGUUUUCUAAAAUAUGGUAAUAAUUUAUAUAGCAUUAUUAACAUUAAUAAAAUUAAAAUAAUAUUAUAUUAUAAAUAUAAUAGUAUAUGCACACCUAAAAAUAUAAAAAAUUCAUAAAUAUUUUAGAAGGAAAUUUUGUUAUAUGUCGUCAUCCCAUUUAUUCUCACAAAAAAUGACAUAACUUCUAAAAAAAUAUGACAUGGCUUAAUGUGAUAGACAAUUUCAUCGAUGUAAAUUUAUAUAUUUUUUAAGUUUUCUAAAAUAUGAUUAUAAUGAAUAUAUCAUUAUUAGCCAAGUCAAAAAUAUUAAUAAUGAGAUAUGUUUACAAUUUUAACCAAUAUCAAUUAAAUGGAGUAAAAAUAAUUUAAUUUUCUAUCAAUUUAUUCACGUUUAGUCGUGAUAAAAUAUGUAAGUUGAAAGAUUGACUGUUGAUUUACUAGAUUCAUUACUAGAUGGUUUCUAUCAGUUUAAUGUAUCGUAAAACAAAUAAAAAUCAUAUUUACUACAUUGAGAUAUCAAAAUAAAUACAGCCAUUGAAUUUAAUAUAAUUGUUAUGUUUUUUAGAAAAUACAAAUUAAACUUUUAUUGAAUUCAACUAAAUAUCAAUAAAUUUAUACUGAAAUAGUUAAAAUUACAAAUAAUUAUUUAUAGCUUUAAUUUUUAAACCAGUAAAAUUAAAGUCUAAAAAUUAAUUAUAUUUAAUAUUUAUUAAACAAAAUUAUCAUUUUGAAAAUUGUUAUAAAUGUGCAAUGCUCAGGAAUCCUCCUAGUUAGACUUACAUAUAAAAAUGUGUAACGAAGUUUAUCAAAACUACCUAACUAAUCCUCCUAAUAACCGUUAAAUGGUUGUUAAAACUCGUUAGGAAUUAAUCAUUUAUAAUAUCAACUUGAGUCUAAUGAAAUGUAUCCAUAUUACGUUCUUGCUUAUGAAAAUAAGUGGUUUGUGUAUUUAUUUUUUCAAUUUCAAACUCUUAAUCAAUACUAGAAACACAAAUGAAUUCCGUUACAAGGAGCAACACCACAUGUUCGUAACGUAAGAGUUUGAUCGUCUUCGACCACAAAAAAAAGCUUGCAUGACAAAUCAAUGAUCUCCGACACUUUUCCUAAAAGAGAACACUACUUUUUGGAAUUGCUGUCGUGUUUUGUAUUAUUCCAAUUUGUAAAGCUAAUUUUCAUGCUCUGUUUUGGCACGAGAUUGCGUGUAAACCCACACAUCCUCGUUAAAAAGAACAUGUGGCAUUAUUUUCUGAAAAGUAAUGGAUACAUAGAGAACAUAAUAGGUAAGCAAAUCUUUUAAAUUUUAUAUGUUCAUAGAGAACAUAAGUUAUGUUAUGUUCUCACUGUCUUAUAUGAUGUUCAAAAUACUAGGUAAUCAAAUCUUUUAAAGUUUACGUUUCA